UUCCUGGUUUGCUGGCACUUUUUCUACUGUAGCAUCAUGGCGGGGAGAAAGUGGCAGCAAAGUGUAACCCUCUUAGCUGAGGCUUUACUGUUUCAUCAGCUUCUGAUAGGAUUCGUCUUCAUCGGCGGGGUAGGCGCCAGCUCGCUGUCUGCUAGCCAGGUCAAACCUGUCAGCGAUGCAAACUGGACACUCAUUUUGGAAGGAGAAUGGAUGUUAAAAUUCUAUGCGCCAUGGUGCCCUGCAUGCCAACAGAUACAGUCGGAAUGGGAGGAUUUUGCAAAGGAGAGUAAGGCCCUUGGCAUCACAGUGGCAAAGGUGGAUGUCACACAGGAGCCAGGUCUAAGUGGACGUUUCAUGGUGACAACACUGCCUACAAUAUUUCAUGCAAAAGAUGGAUCAUUUCGAAGAUAUCUGGCAUCCAGGAGUGUCGAGGACCUCCAGAGUUACAUUUCAGAGAGGAAGUGGGAAGCUGUAGACCCUUUACCCAAGUGGAAGUCCCCUUCUUCAGUUCCGAUGACGGCAAUGGCUGGUCUCUUUCGCCUGUCUGUCUGGAUACGACACGUCCACAUGUACUUGACCGAGAAACUUCACAUUCCAGUUUGGGGAUCCUACGCCAUCUUUGCCUUUGCUACUCUACUGACUGGACUUUUCUUUGGCCUGAUACUCGUACUAAUUGCCGACUGUUUAUGUCCAUCCAAGCCGCAAAGUAAAGAUACCAAAACAGAGGUCUAUUUAAAGAAUCUCUCGUCAGAUGAUGAGCCAGGUAACUUUUCAGAUGAUACCAAACUGUCUGAGAUGGACAAUGAGCAGGAGGAUCAGGCGUCAGGAGAGGACAUGGGAAGUGACGAGGCAUCCGGGACGGAGGGCCAAGAGGAUGAGGACGAGCUUCACAGGAACUCGUAUGAUGACAUUGCAGCAAGUGGUGUAAGAAAGAGGAAACAGCAGGAUUUGGGGGAGAACGACGACAACGACGACUGAGUAGCAAUAUCGUUUUUUUUUUUUUUUGUUUGUUUUUUUAUCCAAUGGGGACCAAAGAAAGAAACCACUUUUGGACUAUUUCGUAAAAUGAUUACAAUGCAUAGCUUUUAUAGUUUUAUACAGUUUUCACUGUACUCAAAAUUGUUACUUUAUAUUUCUUAAAUUUAAUGUGUAUAUACUAUGUGUGUGUGUGUGUGUGUGUGUGUGUAU